AUGACCACAUGUUCAUUUGUUAUUGCAAAAACUAUUCAAUCAAUUUUAGAAAGACCAGAUAUAGAAAUAAUUAAAACUUCAUCUAUUCAAUGUUCUGAGAUUACAUUAGAGAUUAGACCCAAAUCAGCCACUAAAGAUAAACUUUACCAGGCUAUAUUUAAUUUGUUAGAUAAUCUUGAGAGAUAUGCUAUCAUUUAUAGGGCCACAGUAAAAAAAUAUAAUAACAUAACAAAGGUGCUUUAUAAAAAUUUUGAUCUUACAAUUGUUGGAAUAUAUCAUAAAAAACUAGCAAAUGCUGAACAAGCUGCUAUAUCUGCAGGAUAG